UCGGGGGCGGGCAGGAGUGGCGGUCAAGUACGGGAUCGACGCACUCCGCCCGGGAGGCUUUUUGCAAAGGGAGGGCACUCCGGUCCUGCGAGCGGCGUCCUGAACGGCGGCGCUAGGACCCCGUGGGGAGCGGCGGGGGCGGAGCAGGCGGCACCAGGACCCGGGGGAACCGCGGCAGGCGGGCGGCGAGCAGGCCCGGGGGCCGGGAAGCUGCGGGCGGCGGCGCUGGGCCCGGCGCGGCGAGAGAGGCCCUGAGAUGCCGAGCAAGAAGAAGAAGUAUAACGCGCGGUUCCCGCCGGCGCGGAUCAAGAAGAUCAUGCAAACUGACGAAGAGAUUGGGAAGGUGGCGGCGGCUGUGCCUGUCAUCAUCUCCCGGGCGCUUGAGCUCUUCCUGGAGUCGCUGUUGAAAAAGGCCUGCCAGGUGACCCAGUCCCGGAACGCCAAGACCAUGACCACAUCCCACCUGAAGCAGUGCAUUGAGCUGGAGCAGCAGUUUGACUUCUUGAAGGACCUGGUGGCCUCUGUGCCUGACAUGCAGGGAGACGGGGAAGACAACCACCUGGACGGGGACAAGGGUGCCCGCAGGGGCCGGAAGCCAGGCAGCAGUGGCCGGAAGAAUGGCGGGAUGGGAAGCAAAGGCAAGGACAAGAAGCUGUCUGGGACCGACUCGGAGCAGGAGGAUGAGUCUGACGACACAGAUACUGACGGGGAAGAGGAGACGUCCCAGGCUCCACCCCAGGCCAGCCACCCCCCUGCCCACUUUCAGAGCCCCCCGACACCCUUCAUGCCCUUCACCUCGAGUCUGCCUCUGCCCCCGGCCCCCCCGGGCCCCUCAGCACCUGACGCAGAGGAUGAAGAGGACUAUGACUCCUAGCGCCCUCUGCCCCCCAGGCCACGCCCCCUUUUAGUUGGUUUUAGUUGCUCUGGGGGGAGGAGAAAAGAUAGAGCUGUUCUUAAAUUUAUUAAACAAUUAAUAAUAAAAGGGAACGCCAGUGUCUGUCCCAGCCUAUGUCCAGGCCGUUGCGGCCACCUUCCCAUCCCCCCACCUGCUUUCCCCAUGCUGAGCUGAGGCCAGAAGCCGUGGUGGGCAGGGCAGCAGCUGAGGGAAGGGAGGGGCCCGAGGCCAUGGUUCUGCCACGCUAGGAGCAGCGGUGCUGACAGAAGGAAGGCGGGCAGAGUGGCGGUGUAGGGCCGGAGGUGCUGCUUAUGCUGGGGGAUGACCCGUUUCAUUGUGCUGUUUGACCCUGGAAAGGUGCCUGUCUUUCUCUGAGUGGCCUUUUCGCGUCUCUCUGAUGGAGACUGGUCUGCCCUCUCCGGGCUGCUGCAAAGGGACAGACUGGACAGGUAAUGGGAAGAGACCUUGCAAAGUGUAGAGCUCUGUGCCUGGUGCCAUGAAGGGUAUGUGGGAAGGCGCAGGGAGAGCAGAGGUAGGUGGGACUGUCGAGCGCCUCAGAGAUCGGCUGUCGAGCCGGACGGUGACACAGCUGGGCAGUCCACCCCCAUUUCUGAGCAGACCCUGGAACUGCGGGGUCCACGAGGUGGACGGGUGCCUUCGGGGCGCAGGGGCUCGGGAAGGCUGAGCAGGAGACAUGGAAGACGGUGGGCAGACGGUGUGUGUAUAUCAGUAGACUCCAGGGUGCUGAGAACUGACUGGAAGUGGGCCUGAAAGGGAGGGUGCUCUUAAGGAUCCCCACGUUUCUUUCUGCUGUGACUUGGGCAGGGGCCCCCCUCCAGCUGGAGGACACAGAGAAAGAACGAGGUUCGGUGUGGGGCUGUGACGAGUUUGGGGUGCCUAUGAAGCUGCCAGGAGAAGGCACUGGAACGUAGGGGCCGGGAGACAGAUGUGUGAGCUUGGACAGUGGGUGACCUCGCCUCGGGGGAGGGCCUGGACGGGCCGCUGAAGGAGACUGAAGAGCAGCCACGCCCAGGGCCCCCAGGAGCCACAGGGGGUGCCCACGCAAGCAUGUCUGGGAGGAGGGAGAGCUCAGAGGCCACCACACCUUGCAGCCUGUAGGGAAGGCUUGCUGGGUGUCGACAGGCCGGGAGCUGGAGGUGAGAAGCCGAGGUGAGGAGAAGCGAUGCUCAGGGCCGAGAAGUGGGGAUGAGAGCUGUGGCUCGGAACGAGGACAGAGAGACGGUUUUGAGUUUUGCUUUUUAAGGUAGCAGAAAUGUCAGCUGUUAGCGAGGAAGGGGACCCGGGAUGGGAGGGGGUGGAUGCGGUGAGGUCAGGUGGCCGGAGGCCUCCCCCAGACUGAGCAGGGAGAGGCGGAGGGCGACAAGCGGGUUUGGCAGGGGCGUUGAGGUUUUCAGUUUAUUCAGUUUUUAUCCAACAGGGUCUGGCUUCUCUGGGGAAGAGGAGGCCAGGUGGCAGGCGUGGAUGGGCCCGGGGCACCCGGAGCCUAGGGGUACCUGGGUCCUGUCUGCUUCUCCUCCCCUCCCCCUCUGGUUAGCGUCCCUGCCAUCUUUUGGGGACCAUGUCUCUUCUACUCAACCUGUAGUACGUGCAGCUGACCCCACUCCCUGAUGUCAAGGGGUGGGGCCAUCACACCACACACUCUGGCCACCGUGAGUGGUGCGGGCCAGUCAACACGCCUGAGCCCUUGGGACUUGAGGUGGGGCUGUUGGGGAAGGGUAUUCACGAGAUCGCUAGCACUCCCAUGUCCCAGAAGGCCCCAAGAAACCAACUCGGGAGCCCUGGAGAGGAUGACAGUGGCCACAUCGGGGUAGCAAAGCUAGCAGAAUGUAGGCUGGGUGCUGCUAGAAGCCAUUUCCCACCCCGAGGAGUGAUUCUGGCUGAGAACGAUGUCAGCACAGCAGAUCCACGAGGCUCGGAGAUACCGAUCUCCGCUGACACCUGGAGACACCCAGUCUUGCUGAACCCUGUGUAUCUUGGACUUCUUAGUCACGUGAGCCAAUAAACAUUUUCCCUCUUGAA